AUGAAUGAAGAAAUUUCCAAAAGACUAUUUCCAUAUGACUCUAAAUAUUUUAAGGAAAUUUUCGACAAAUAUAUAAAUGAUGAUGAUUAUAAAAAAGACUUAAAAGCUCUUAAGAGCUCUGAAAAUUUAAUGGACGAAAUUGUUAGUAAAGGAACUGGACUAAAUUUUUAUAUAGAAAAUAAUUUGAAUGAUAACUUUUUAAAAGAAUGUAAAUUGCCAUUUUUUAAAAAGUUGUUAAAAAUAUUACAAGAAAAUAAUAAUGAAGAAAGAGAAGAAAAAAAAAUAAAUGAAAAUAAUACAACUGUAAAAUUUAAUGAAUUUGAAGAGGAAAAUGAAAUAAAAGUAAAAGCGCAAAAAACUUAUAAUUUAGAAAAAAUAAAUAGUGUGCCACUGAAAUCGAAUUUGGAUAAAAAGACUAGUAAUGAUGCAGAUAGACAAAUUAUAAAAGCUCAAGAUUUAUUUGUAUUUAAUAAAAAAAUUAAUAUGAUAAACAAUUAUAGGGUUUAUAGAUAUUGCUCAAAUGUAAUUCAAUCAUUACCUUCACUUACUUAUAUGUCUGUAAUCAAAAUAUAUUUUACAAAUUAUCCAUUAAAAAUAUUUUUAUCCUGUAUUUAUUUUUAUACAUUUGUAACAUAUAUAUGUGACCGUAAUAAUGUAAUAGAAUUUUUAGAAUCCUUUAUUUUUCUAAUAUUAGUAACAGCGGGUUGCUUUUGUUUCGCAUGGGUGCAUUACAUAAAAGAGAACCGAAUUAGUAUGAUAACAUCAAAAUAUAAUAAUUAUAAAGAAAAUUAUGUGUGCCGAAAUUUCUUAAAAACCCAAAAGGAAAAAAAAGAAGUAAAGAAUUUUCGAUUUGAAAACAAAAAAACAGUUGAAAUAAAAAAGUAUUCGAAAUAUUUUUUUUUAAAAAGUUUUUUAACUCGAAUAAAUGAAGAACUAUAUGAUUAUGAGACUCGAAAAAAUGGGAAACUUUCAUGUUAUAUGAUAGAAUAUUAUAAAAAAAAUGAUCAGGAAGUAAAUAAUGGAGUGAGCUUAAGUAAUACCAAUUCAGUUAUUAUAGAUAAUAAUAAAAAAAAUUUAAUAAAUGGAAAAACAGAUGAUAUAGAAACAAAAUAUGAUAUAAAUAUGUGUGAAGAUAUAAAUAACAGUUUAUGUAAUUUUGAAUUAAAUAUAGGAGAAAAUAUAGGAAAUGAAAAUGAAUUAUUAAAUUAUAUACUUUUCGGAAAUAAUAUAUAUAGAAUUAACAGAAAAAAUUUACUAGUAGGUGAUAUUAUAUACCUGUCUAAAGGAGAUAUGAUACCAGCAGAUGGGAUAUUAAUACAUUGUAAUAACAUGAUAGUAAAUGAAUCUAAUAUAUUAAAAUAUAAUACAAAAAAAUAUGUGAAUAAAAUAAGUUUAAAUAAAUAUAUAUAUGAAAUGGAUAAAUUGAGAGAAAAAAAUAUGGGUGAGUUAGAAAAUGAGAUAAACCAAUUAGAAAAAGGGAAAAAAUUAAGUUAUUUUCAGAUAUUAAAUUCAAAAAUUAAAACACGAUUUAAAAAAUAUAGCGAUUUUAAUAAUAGAAAAAAAAAAAAUGUCUAUCCAAAAUUAGAAGAUAUAUAUAAUGAUGAUAAAGAAUCAGACGAUGAAAAUAAUAGGGAAACAUGUUUUACAGAAAUAAAUGGGAAAAUAAAUCAGAUUAGAAAUUCGAGUGAAGAAUAUAAUGAUAAUAAAAUAAAAUCAUGCUAUUCAUAUUUUAACAUUUAUGAAUAUUCCCCAUUAUUACUUUCUGAAUCAGUUGUUACAGAAGGUACAGGAAUAAUGGUAGCAACUUGUGUUAGCAAAAAUAAACAAAUGUUUCAUAGUUCAAUAAAAAGAAUUGAAGAAAAUACAAAUCUCGAAAUAGUAAUAAACAGUUAUUCAAAAAAUUUUGUUAUAUUAAUAUUAUUUUGUUGUUCUUUAUGUAUACUUUUUAUAUUUAUUCAUUUUCUGGUAAAUUUGAUAGAAAAUAAUAUGCAAACAUAUUCUUAUAAUUUAUUAAUGUUUUUAUUAAAUACUAUUAUAAUUGAAAUUUUAAAAUAUUUAUUAUUAUCGAUUGAUAACAUGCCUUUGUUAUUACAAAACUGUAUAUCUAUAAAUUACAAAGAAAUAAUGGAUGAAUGUUAUAUAAUUAAAAGUAAAAAUAUUUUUGAGAAAGUUUUACAGACAAAUACAAUUUUUAUAGACAUAAAUAAAUAUAUUAAUUAUAAAUCUGUUUUAUUUUUUUUCAAUACUGAAUAUGUUGUUUCAUUUAAUAUUGAUCUUAUAUUUUCUCAAAUUAAUUUUCAAAAUAACAUAAAAUCGUAUACUGAGUUUGUAGAAAAUGAACAAGGCCAAGAAAUAUGCACACAUUUAUUUUUUUCAUUACUAAUUCAAACUAUUAUAGCAACUAGCAACUUAUAUAUAUAUAACGAGGAUUCCAUGGAUAUAGAUUUACACUUACUCGAUUGUAUAAGUUCAUUAAAAUUAAACAUUUCACAUUAUUAUAUUAAACAUAAUAAUAUUCUUAACAUUAUUUCAAAUAAAAAUUAUUAUGUAAUAUCUUUUGUUUUUUCGGAUCAUUCUUAUAUGAAUAAAAUAGAUGAUUCAAAAACGAACAAAAAAAAUCAUUAUAAAGAUCAACUCAAAAAUAAAUCAAAUGUGCUAAGAAUAUUUAUAAGAGGGAAAUCAGAUGUGAUAUUACCCAUGUGUAGUCAGUAUUUUGAUGGACAAUCUUUUUGCAAAGACAUAGAUAAACUUUUAGAAAAGAAUAGACAAAUUGAGGAAAGCAAAUAUGAUCUAACAAUUUGCUUUGCAUACAAAGAAAUAAUAAUAGGAGAAAAAGAAAAAGAGGAUUUAUUUUCAUAUAAAGAAAAUAAUGGAUAUAAUUUAGAAAAUAUGGAAAUGGAUAAUAAUAUGAACAGUACAUAUUUAAAAUAUGCAGAAAUGAAUGAUUUUACAUGUAUUUCGAUUUUUGUUUUUGAAAAAACUAUUAGUAAUCGAUUUUAUGUAGAUUAUAAAAUUAUAGAGUCUAAUAAUUUACAUAUAAAAUUAUUCACAAAAUAUGAUGUUGAAAAAAUAAAAAAAAUAUUUAGCAAUUUUCCUGAUUUUAUUUCAAAAUUAAAAUUUUAUGAUUCUAAGUCUAUGGCCAAUGUGAUAAAAUCAAGAUCAAUGUAUGAAGUUAAUAUGGAUAGUAAUAUGAAUAUAAAAUUGGAAAACAAAAAUAGUAAUGAAAAAUAUAAUAGUAAUAUGCAUUAUAUUAAUAAAAUGGAAACAAAUAACCAAAGAUUAGAACAUAUUUGUGUGGAUAAUAAAAGGGAAACAAAAGACAUGAAUAUUACAAAAAGUAUUUUAGACAAAGAAAAUGAAUGUGAAAAAUAUAAUUUAAAAUAUAGUUAUAAUAGUAGUUUAGUACAAACAUUUAUAAAUAAUGAAAGUAUGAAAGAAUAUUCAUUUUUUUUAAAUAAUAAUGUAUUUUGCAAUUGCUCAAAAAACAACCUAGUAAAUUUAUUAUAUAUAUCAAAAUCAUAUAAAAGAAUUAAUUGUGUAGUAACAAAUAAUAAUGAUUAUUUUGUGAAAAAUAAAGAAUUAUGCAAUAUAAGAGUUUGUGAUAUAAGAAGUAAAGAUAUUGUAAAAAAUAAAAGUGAUAUUAUAUUAUUAAAUAGAAGUCUAUAUGAUUAUAUUAAAUUGAGAUAUUUUUCCAAUUCUAUGCUUAUGAAUAUCAAAUUAUUUAUAGAAUAUAACAUAUGUUUAUAUAUAUGUAUUGUUGCACUUUCGAUUAUUUCAACUCUUAUAAAUGGCUUAGAAUUUUUAACUACAGUUCAGAUAUUAUAUAUAUAUAUAAUUAAAAAUAUUAUAUUUCAUUAUAUUUCAUGUUAUAGAAAAAGUAAUUAUUGUGUUGGAAAAAAACGUUGUAAAAAUGCUAACUAUUCUUAUAAUGUGUUUAGUAAAGAUGAAAUAAGUAGCUUAAUUUCCUCUAUAGUUUCAAAAUUAAUAAUAUUGAUAAUCAUAUUUUUAUUUGGACAUAUAUUUAUACCAGAAGCGUCUUGGGAUUUUGUAAGUGAUGACAUACGAGAAUUUUUUGAAUUUUCAGAAUUUUCAUUUUCAAAUAAUCUAAAAAAAAAACGUUAUUAUAAUACAAUUAGAUCAUGUAUACGUUUUAAAAAAAAUUUAGAAAAUAUAAAAAUUGCGAAUAAUAUUAAUAUAAAAAAUGAUUAUAGAACUAUAGAAGAAUGGGAACAUCAUAUAAGUCCUAACAGGCAUACUACUAUUAUUUUUAAUGUUUUUUUUCUUUUUUUUUUCUUUUCAUAUAUAUAUAUUUAUAUUAAAACAUUUCUCGUUGAAAUUGAUAUGUAUUGUGAACAAAUUAAAACAAACAAAAAAGAAAAUCAUAAAUAUCUUUCUUUAUUAAAAAAUAAAACAUUAUCCAAGGAUAUAAAUAACAUGAUAAAGGAAUUUAAAUUUGAUGAAGAUAACAUUAAAACUACAAAUGAAAUACAACUCUCAAAUAUGAAUGAAAAUUGUCAAAAAUUAUAUUGUGGUGAUGAUUCAUGUAAUUAUUGUGAUGGAAAUAAUAAUGAAAAAUAUAUGUCUGAACAUAACAUAAAUAUAACGGAGAAAAAUAAUGAUAUAGAUAUACAAACAAAUUCGUUAUAUAGUAUUAAAAAUUAUAUUAAAGAAAAAGUUAGUUUUGUUGAUACUGAUAAAAAUAAAAUGUUAUUUGAUUGUCUUAUUGGAAAUUAUAAAACAAUUUUAUCUUUUAUAUUAUUAUUAUUAUUACAUAUUAUUAUAAUACAAUAUGGAUCUUUUGUAUUUAACUUUCAUGUAAAGGGAUUAACUUUAGUUCAGUGGGGAAUCUGCUUUUUAUUUUGUGUUUUAGAUUUCGUGCUUUAUUAUAUUAUAUCAUUUACUAACCUAUUCAGAAUGCCUACUAAUUUUAUCAAAAGCUUUCAUAGUUUAAGCGAAGCUCGGAAGCGAACAAUGUUUGAUGCAAUGAAUGAUUACAAAAGGAGCUAUAUAUCUCAAAGAUAUAAAUACGAUAGGAAAUUAACAACCCAAAAUUGGAUAUAA